AUGUUUAUUCUUUUUUGUGGUGGUGAAUUAAAAGUAUCUGUGAAGAAUCCAUUCUUGGAGGAAUUGAUUUUCCUACUAUUUAAUUCUGUGCACUUAUUAAAAUCAAUUCAAAAUAAUUGGAUGAAUCACUACCAUACUAACCAGAGAUUUUUUUAUCCCAACAUACAAAGGGAAACAAAAUGUGUUGCUAGUUUGUUUCAUCUAAAAGAGAUAUUACAAGCAAAAGAAGGCAAAAUUGUGAAGUUUGCACCAUCUUUGUUUCCAAAGGUUUUAUAUCUUUCAUCAUUAGAAAGGCAAAAUGUUUCAUAUGCAGUGAAACUUUUUUAUAAAAAAGUAGCUACAGCUCUGCAGGAAUUUGCACAAAAUGCAGAUUAUAUCCAGACUAAAGAUUUUAUUGAAAGAAUUGCAACAUGGUGUUAUGUAAUGAAUGUAAAACAUCCAGAAAAGCAGAAACAAUUAAGAGAUCUUUACUGCAGACCAAUAUAUACUAAAGAUGAUGAGCAAAUUAAAUUUCUAAAUUGUUAUAUAGAGUUUUUGGAUGCAUGGGAGAAAUUUAACUUGAAACAACAGCAUGGAAGAUUGUCAGAUGAAACGAAUUUUGCUUUAAAACAUACAACUUAUACUAUGAUUGAUUUUAUUGAAUAUUUGUUUGAAAAAUUUUUAUUGAAGUUUGUACUUUUAAGAAAGUUUCAAACAGAUAAUCUUGAAGCUAGAUUUGGACAAUAUUGCCAAAUGUGUGGUGAUACUACUCUCACCUCCUCAGCAGUUUAUUUACAAAUAUAA